AUGGGUGGAAUAGGGUGUUUCUUACCUCGAACAUACCGGUCUCAACUGGCAUUCAAAAUACUUCUGGCCUGUGAACUUCCUCUAACAAUUGGGAUUUUAACGCUUACUGGAAUUGCGGCUCCUGACCUAUAUCGUACAAGGCUCUGGCAAGAUGGUGCAGACAAUGGCUUCAACAGCUCUCCAGACGAGAAAGUAUAUGCGUUUGCCAACUAUAGACCAUAUACCACCCCUAGGCCAUGGAGUUCGUUUACCACCAGUUUCAAUCUCGUUAUAACCGUCCUCAGUUUGUUCUUUUUCCUUACAAAAACACCAAUGUUUGUGAUGGAUGUAUUUUAUCCACCACUAUCAGUGCUAGUUCAUGGUAUUUGUGUCUUACUCUACUCGAUCGCUGCUUCCUUCCAAGCUGCGAGCGACACAAGCGACCCUAAGCACCCACAAAAUGGACCACCAUGGUAUAUUACGAAGAACUGCAAUGUAGCAUCGCUUCACACAAAUGUCAACUACUGCAAGCAGGCCAAAGCGACCUUCGCUCUUACAAUAGUCUUAAUAUUCCUUUUCAGCUGUCAGUUGAUAUUGGCAGCUGUCUCUUGCUUCCCGACCGAAGAAGACCGAGAGAAGAAGAAACUUAGCGACGAACGAAAGUCAACGCUGGCAGAGCUCAAGUCAUUGAAAUCGCCACUCAACCCAGACGGGAAGAUGACAUUCCCUCUCACAACCCCACGAACCACCGCCUUCAAUAAGCUUGAAGGGAACUCGGACUUACCCUUGCGCGACCGUUCCGACAGUUAUUCGACGAUGCCGCACGAGGAGGAGACCCAAGGGAUGUUUAGACGACCUGAACAACCCGAGGCACAAAUGUAUUUCCCACCACCGCCUAUGGCAGCUACAAAGGGCAAGGCAUAG